AGCAUCUGUUUCUCUCGGGCGUCCAAGUCAGAUGAACUGAGAGGAAAUGUCGUUUUGUGCAUUUUAUUUUCAUCUGCACGCGUAGCUCGUCGGCAGCCUGUGCGCUUGGAAGAAACGAAGGUAAAAUGACUGACGGACUUGAAAACAAUAUAUCUCUUCUGUUUGACAACUGGACAUUUUCUAAUUUCUCUGUGAAGUCCGUCGUACCGAGGAACAUUACCUAUGUUGGAUAUUACCUUCACCAGCCAUCCACAUCAGUCUUCUUCAUCAUUUCCUAUCUGCUGAUCUUCUUGGUGUGCAUGCUGGGAAAUGGAGUUGUAUGCUUCAUUGUGCUGAGGAGCAAAAACAUGAGGACAGUUACCAAUUUAUUCAUUUUAAACCUUGCUGUGAGUGAUCUCCUGGUUGGGAUUUUCUGCAUGCCAACAACACUUCUUGACAACAUAAUUACAGGUUGGCCAUUUGGAAGCCUGGUGUGCAAAAUGAGUGGCAUGGUUCAAGGGAUCUCAGUCUCGGCAUCUGUCUUCACUCUGGUUGCUAUUGCUGUUGACAGAUUCAGGUGCAUUGUCUACCCAUUCAAGCAAAAACUGACUUUAUCCACAGCCAACUUGAUAAUAGUCCUUAUUUGGGUUCUGGCCAUAUCAAUCAUGUGUCCUUCUGGUGUGAUGCUACAAGUAACCAAGGAGUCGACCGUUCAGGUGCUGCUGGGAUAUGACAACAAAACAAGCCCGUUUUACUGGUGCAGAGAGAAUUGGCCAAACCAGGAGAUGAGGAAGAUUUAUACCACAGUCUUGUUUGCAAACAUCUAUCUUGCCCCUUUGUCACUCAUCGUGAUCAUGUACGCCCGAAUUGGCAUUACGCUUUUCAAAACAACAGUUCCAACAGGAGGAAAGCCAGGCCAAGAAAGCCGUUACAGUGUGCCAAAAAAAAAACAAAGGGUAAUUAAAAUGCUUCUUAUAGUUGCGCUGCUUUUCAUUCUUUCCUGGUUGCCUUUGUGGACUCUGAUGAUGCUGAGCGACUACGCCAAGCUUACUGAGCAACAGUACAAAAUCAUCAACAUUUACAUUUACCCAUUUGCCCACUGGCUGGCCUUCUUCAACAGCAGUGUCAACCCCAUCAUCUACGGAUUCUUCAAUGAGAAUUUUCGGAGAGGAUUUCAGUCUGUGUUUAAGUUCAGCUUGUGCACGGUAGACGGACACCGGCGGAAAACAUACUCACACAGGCUGCAGGGGAAUUCUGUGCUCCCAGCAAAUAAUGUACAAACCUCCCUGGAGCCCAUUUCUCUCAACAGCCUGGGCGAGAAUGCUCCAAGGCACCUCAACCAUGUCACUGAGCAGGACCUGGUCAUGGAGGACCUGGAGAAGGCAUCAUGCAGCAGUGGUGGUAUGACUGCAGUGUCUAUUUAGGAAGACUUAAAAAUUCUUGAAGGUGAUAAGUACUCACUCAAUCACUCAUCUUCAACUGCUUACUUCAGUUAAGGGUCACGGGGGCUGGGGCCUGUCCCAGCAGUCAUAUGGCGUGAGGCGGGCUACACCCUGGACAGGACGCCAGUCUGUCACAGGGCCAC